AAUAGUGCACUCGCCAAACGCAACCCGGCGACGCAACAGUGUUUUCUUCCACGCCUGCGUGAUAAAUUUUUGUCCUUUGUUCUGUGCGCUUGUUGUACAUUCAUGGGAUAAAUCGAGUGUCGCUAAUUAAUUUAUGUACAUCAGACUCUUAUUAGAUUAUUAAUACGUACCGGUCUCACUAAGUUAAAGCAUAAUUAUUAUAACAAACUACAUAUAUCAGUAUUGCUCUGCAGAUUUGCAUGUUUUCGCGCUUUUCAUGAGCCUACUUGCUCACAAUUGUGCAGUACAAGUCCCCAACUCUCAAAUCUCGCCGGUAAUAAAGGAUCAUUGAAAUAUUCAGAAAAUUUUCUGAUAUAUUGGUCGACACUAUACAAAUGACAUUAAUAAUUAGUCAACACUGUUAAUUAAAAUGCAGAGUAAUUCCAAUAUUUCCAAGAGGACUUAUAAAAUGUAUUUGCAUCCAAAUUUUGAACCCAAGAAUGUUCAUCCCCGAACAUUGCAACGAUGGAAACGUUUAAAAAAAAUACAACAUGAAGAAUAUGCAGAAUCAGAAAAUAACAUCGACGAACUUGACAAUUGUAUGCAGAACGUUGCAGAAGGUUCAAGUCGUUCAGCAUCACCUGUAUCGUAUACAAUAAAUGAGCCCGAUAUAGAAGUGGAAUCACCUUCGAAAAUUGAAGAAACUACAGAUUGGAUCGAAUCGUGUGACAAAUCGGCAAAAAAUCAACACAUGCCAAAACCGAAACACAUACAGCAACUCAUUGCACGCAAAUGAAACAAUAUGUGCAAAACAGUGAUUCAAUAAUGUUUAAUGAAUCAAAUUUGAAAACAUCGGAUGUAUUGCUUAUGGUUUUAGGAUUUUCAAUUCGAUUCGGUUUGUCGUAUAAAGCAAGACAAGCUUUAAUACAUAUGAUCAAAACGAUGGCUGGUCCGGAGUUUAAGGAUUGGACAAUUAGCGAACAUUUAUUUUCCCGAGCAUUUAAUCCACCUGAUAAAGCGAGGCAAUAUCAUUUUUUUUGUGAUUUAUGUCAAAGAUUACUUCACUCUGCAACGAAAAACGAAUUGAAAAAUAAUGAAACAUGUAUAUGUGAAAAAUGUGAAACAACACAUGCAUUGAGUCUGAAUUCUUCAAAUUAUUUUAUAUCGAUUGAUUUACAUUAUCAGUUACAAAUUGUCUUGAACAAUGAAUUUUUAAGGCAAAAUAUUAUACAAUAUAAACAAAAUAUUAAGCCAAAUAAUAAAAAUAUACAUGAUGUUCACGAUGGAUUGCUUUAUAAAAGCUUAAUUGAAAAAAUUCCAGAAAAUCGGGAAAUUCUUACAUGUACGUUUAAUACUGAUGGAGCCCCUAUCUUUAAUAAUUCUAAACAAAGUUUGUGGCCAAUUUUUAUAAUUAUUAAUGAACUUCCACCAAACUUACGAGGUAAAUAUCCAUUAUUAGCGGGCUUACUCAUCACUACUAAAGAACCAAAUUCUAAGAUCAUGAAUUUAUUCAUGAAAUCAUUUGUAAGACAAUGUGAAAUACUCGGCGAUUCAGGUAUAAAAUGGAAAAAUGUAGCAGGCGAAUCGUGGAAUUUCAUAAUAAAACCUUUACUUAGUUGCGUCGAUUCUGUUGCUCGACCUGUUUUACAAAAUCGAUUUCAAUUCAAUGGGUAUUAUGGUUGUUCAUGGUGCUAUUCACCAGGUAAAUUCGAAGAAAAUACAAUGCGCUACCUAUUACAAGAAAAUGAUCCUGAAAUAAGAACACAUACUACAUAUUUAAAAAAUAUGAAAGAGGCUAUGAUUUCCAACAGAACAAUUAAAGGAGUAAAAGGUUUCUCCGUAUUAUCAAAUUUGCCACAUUUUGACAUGAUUUGGGGAUUUCCUGUAGAAUAUAUGCAUGGAGUAUUGUUAGGCGUAGUCAAACAAUUAUGGAAAAUGUUGAUCGACCAUAAAUGUCCCAUACAUCUCACUCCGCGCCAACAAAAAGAAGUAAAUAAAAGACUACUUAAUAUAACACCACCUCACGAGAUUCAUCGUUCACCAAGAAGUUUGACAGGCCAAAAAUGUAAGUGGAAGGCUUCAGAAUGGCGCUCAUGGAUAUUAUUUUAUUGUAUACCUUGUUUAACUGGUAUUUUGGACGAUCAAGCAGUGCAACAUAUUGCAUUGCUAUCUAAAACCAUAUUUAUCCUUCUGCAGACAAGCAUUAGUGAGGCAGAAUUAAGUGAGUGUGAGUAUAACAUGCUAAAAUUUGUUGGAUUAUUUCAAGUAAUGUACGGAGAUAAAUAUGUCACAUUCAAUGUCCAUUCGUUGCUGCAUCUAGUACAAUCUAUUAGAUUCAGUGGACCAUUAUGGACCACGUCAACAUUUCCAUUUGAAAAUGGCAAUUAUAUUUUGAAACAACAAAUUCAUUCGCCAAAGGGAUUGUAUGAACAAAUCUCAAACCGAUUCAUUCAGAGAAAUAAUUUUUUAUCCAUGGUAGAAGAAAUAUCAUCAUCAAAUACUUGUACAGACUAUUGUCAGAGUAUUUUUUUGAAGAAUCGGACUGAAAAAUUUUGUAGAAGUAUGGAUAAUAAAGCAGUAUUCUUGGGUACUGGAGUAUAUGACGAUGACUGCAUCAGAUAUGCCAAAGAUGACCAGAGUGCCAGAACAUUUGAUAGAUGCAUAUAUAAUAACAUAAUUUUUCAUGGAACUGGAUAUGAACAACCGAAAAAAACAAACAACACAGUGAUAAUAACAAGACAAAAAAAAUUUGCACAAAUCUUAAAGUUUUUGUAUACAAACACUGCUUCUUACGCUAAAGUAAUAUAUUUACAAGUUGAGAAUAUACCAGAAAUACCAGGACUACAUAUAAUGGAAUUGUUUAAAAAAACCAACAUUGAAUUGUUAAAUAUUAAAGAUAUUCUAGAAAAAUGUAUUUUAAUUGAUGUUAAAUGUAAAACAUAUAUCUCUAGAUUGCCAAACACUAUAGAAAUACAAUAA